CACCAUCACCAUAAAGGGCGUCAUCACUAGCACUUGACGUCCUUGUAAAAUGCACAGCUACAAGCUACUGUAGGAAUGGUCACUGCCUUCUUUAUGUGUCAUGGGCUGUUGGGAGUUGACCAAGCACUAUCACUGGCUGUGUCCGGGACUCCGGGUAUCUGAUCUGACUUGACGUGAACUGCCAGUUCUUCCUGAUGAUUCCACAGAUGCUGACAAUACCCUCCGCCCAAUGUGGACUAGCAUGCCAUCAAAGAUCAACACCAGCUCAGAUAUACUCGGUGCUUACGAAUGAAGGCCAGUCUUGAAAAGAGUUUCAAGGUUGGCCACAGCAGAUCAAAUUACCCGUGACAGUACUCCACGAUGCAGCCACUUGUCCUGUAUGACAUCCUCUCCAAGCUACCAGGCAAAAACUGGUCUUCCAACCCCGCAAAGCCGAGGUUCAUUUUGAGCUACAAGGAUCUUCCGUUCGUGACCCUCUGGGUUGAAUACUCGGACAUCCCCAUCGCUAUGAAGGCCAUCGGCGCAAAGCCAAACAAACGCCCAGACGGUUCGGACGUCUACACCGUCCCUGUUCUCAGCGAUCCUAACACCGGUGCCCUCAUCACGGAUUCCCUCGAGAUCGCAUCCUACCUAGACAAGACAUAUCCCGAGAAGCUCGUCUUCCCAAACAACUCAGAACCCCUGAUACGCGCGUUCGAUUCCGCCCUUUCAAGCCUUCUUCGACCUGCUGUUAAGUUCAUCUACGCACGUUGCACAGAAAUAUUGAGUCCUGCCAGUGCCGAAUUCUUCACUAAAGCCCGUUCGGUGUACGUCCCGUUGCCCUGGGAUGUGAGCCGUGAUGCAGACUGGGAGCUAUUAGAGAAGGGGUACAAUACUCUGUACGAAUGGUACCAGAAGACUGAUGGGAAGUGGAUCAUGGGCGGCACUUUUUCGCAUGCAGACAUUAUUGUUGCCUGUGAUUUGCUGUGGUACAAACGAGUUCUGAAGGAGGAUGAAUGGGCCAGGAUCAGUUCUUGGAACGGGGGAAAAUGGGCUCAAGUCCUUGCAGAUGUUGAGAAGGAGUGUAAAUUGGCUUAG